UUACCUUUAUGACGUUUAAGCCAUGUUUGGGUGUGCAACCCCUGCACAUCCGCAGUCGUUAAUUCGUAUACUUUUUCAAUGUUGAUAUUGCAUUAUAAGCUUGCUAUAAAUUGGAUUGUGUAGUUGUUGCAAGAUGUUGGGGAGCAGUAACACAUGCACGGAGUUUGUUUUCUGGUCCUGUUACUGUUAGUUCAAUUUUUUCAACUGCGUUAAUGAAGCUUUGAAAUGGACCCCUCUUGGGUGUCUGUGGUCCUGAUGCUGUGAUGGUGGAAGUGUUAUGUAAGGUCUAAGAUGAUGUCUGUCCUACUUUUUAAAAGGUAUCUGUCAGUAGGCGGGAUGAAUGCUGUAGGAACUAUUUAGAUAAAUACAUUGAAUCUACAUAAAGUUAAAAUACCAAAUUCUGUUGGCUUUUUAACCUGUACGUUGAUUCUGGUGACAGGCCUUUCCUCACAUUUGAAUGCCACCUGUUAUUAUGACGGAUGACACUCCAACAUGAAACAUGUCUUCUUUUUACAAUUUCAGAUAUUCAGUAAAAAUUGAUUUCAGGAAAUCAUACGAAUGGCCGUUGACCCCGCUGUUUAUGAUCAACAAGCAUGACUUCUGCAUCAGCAGCAUGACUUUGUCUGUGUGUGUGUAUAAACUAGAUCAGAUGAUUCAUAAUGACCAAAAAAAUUGUGCCUGUGGUGCUUUAUUUCAGACUGUGUCUACUAGAGACUUCGAUAUACUAGCUUGAACAGAUUUUGCCAUAUAGAGCGAUAUGUUUUACAAUUGCAGUCUUUUACUGGGUCACACUAAACUCAAACAAAAGAAUCUGUAAACAACCUUGAAUGAAACUCUAUGGGAAAAAGCAUUUGAGUGUUUUGAAAGCUUAAGUGUCUACUAGCUUGCAUUUUGGUCACAACAUUAUUGUUAUUAUUUUAUACAAAACUGGGCUAUUUCAAUACUUUUGUAAUAGGUUGGAAGAACUUCCUUUGUGCAUUACAAAUGUUUUCAGAGUUCAAAAUCAUAUGGAAACAUUUGCGUGUGUUUUGAAUUUUACUAAUGUUGUUGUGACCAUGUAAACACAGUAAGUGAUUUAUCAUAGUAUUUUUAUUGUAACAUUUAUAAUAUUUAUGUUGUGUUUCUACUUAACCUUGUAUAUUUUCCAAUUAUCCAGGGGCAAUGAGUUGCUUCAAGGCUAUCCACCUGCAUCUGUGUACUUGACAUGGAAGGACUUCAGUUCAGACCUUGUUGAACAGGAAGUAAAGCAGGAUUGUUUAUUUUCCUCUGUCUUUAACCAUGGCGACAGUGGAUGGCCUAUUAGGGGACGAGUCAAGUUCGGCUUGCACCAGCUCUACCAUAAACACAGGCUCCGCCUCCAGCCCCCAGAGUGAAGUUGUAACCUGUGUGCUACAAGAACUGUCUCUUCAGCCCGCCCCCAACUUGCUUCCUAUUCAUGAGAGGAAGAAUGUGCUUCAACUCAAACUUCAACGGAGGAGGACUCGAGAAGAACUGGUUAACCAGGGGAUCAUGCCACCACUGAAAAGUUCUGCUUCCUUUCACGAACAAAGACGAAGUUUAGAGCGAGCCAGGACGGAGGACUACCUGAAGAGAAAGAUUCGUUGCCGUCCAGAAAGAUCAGAGCUGGUCAGGAUGCAUAUUCUAGAAGAGACAUCAGCUGAACCCUCUCUUCAAGCCAAACAACUUCUUCUGAAGCGAGCCCGUCUGGCCGUUGACCUGAAUGAUAAAAUCUCCCAGCGGCCCGGUCCAAUGGAGCUCAUUCACAAAAACAUCCUCCCACUGCACAGCACCCUCAAACAAGCCAUCAUAGAUACAGAGUUUCCGAAAGUCGUUGCCGAGAGCUCUUCAUUUGACGAGGAAAGCAGCGACGCCUUCUCACCUGAGCAAGUAGUCUGCCCGGACUCUUCUCCCGGCUCCGCCCACUUACCUUCACCACCUGAGAUACUAGCCAGCGAAACCAUACCCAAACAGGUCACGCCCCCUCCUCCUCCGCCUCCACUGCUGAGCAUAGCUGAACCUGCCCCUCACCAGAAGCUGGCCAAUGGUGCGGGCCAGAAGCAAGCUUUUGCACUGCAAAAGGGUGGCAGUAAAGCGUCUGCUGAGCGUACUGUUCAGCGCACCAAGAAGGUGAGGGAUAAUAAGCCAAAGGUAAAGAAGCUGAAAUACCAUCAGUAUGUUCCUCCGGAUCAAAAAGCAGAGCGUGAUCCUCCACCUCUGCUGGACUCAUCAUACGCCAAACUCCUCUGUCAGCAGCAACUAUUCCUUCAACUGCAGAUCAUCAACCAACAGCAGCAAAACUACAACUACCACACCAUACUGCCGGCACCGCCCAAGCCUCCAGCUGAUCAACAGCCUGCCUCAUCCAAUGGCUCUUCACCAUCCAAGAAUGCCCCGCCCUCUCAUUUAUCAUCCACUAAUUCUGCUGCUCCGCAUUACCAGAUAACAUCAAACUUAGUUAAAAUUGGGUCUCUUCCUCCCAACCUGGAUGAGCUAAAGGUGGCAGAGCUGAAGCAGGAGCUUAAACUGCGUGGCUUGACUGUAUCAGGAACCAAAAACGACCUCAUCGAACGGUUGAAGAACUUUCAUGAACAGAUCAGUGGAAGUAUGCCAACAUCUAAGAACCACACAAUGCCACAGCAACCCCCAGACUCAGCCCCUGCAGUGGGAGGGGCUUCUUCCCCUAACCAAUCAACAGACAGCAACGUAGCGGUCACUUCCCUCCCAUUUGCCACUGUGGAAAGGGGCGGGGCUAAGACGACAACACCACAGAGCAUGCAGUUUGGCAGCACUAGCUCCUCCCCUCCAGUUUCCCCCACCCACUCUGAGCGCUCAUUGGCCGGGAUGAGCCCAGAUGAAAUGAGCUAUAAUGGGGAUGCUUUUGGAGAAAUUGUGACGUCUCCUCUUACCCAGCUAACCUUGCAGCCCUCUUCCCCUUUCACCACAACCGUCCACAUUAAAGAUGAGCACGAAAGCCAAGUGCCUGUGACCUGCUGUCUGGGGUCCCAGCCUACAGCGCCCCCUAUGAACAAGGACCAGAUGCUGCAGGAGAAAGACCGGCACAUUCAGGAGCUCACACGCAUGCUGUUGCAGAAGCAGCAGCUGGUGGAGACUCUGCGCUCGCAGCUGGAGGGCAAACGCGUGGGUGUGCCCGUCCGAGUGAAAGAGGAACCUGCUGGUGUCACUAUGGAGACGGUCACCGUGAAAAAGGAGGUCAUAGAGGUGCAGGAGGAGAGUGAGAUGGUGACAGAGCCUUGGGUGUUCCCACAGGCCGGGCAGACGCAGAUGCUGCAGCAGAGGAUGCAGACAGCUGUGGAACUAGAUCAGGAGCGGCAGCAGCAGCUUGUAUUGCAACAGAAUCAACGGAACCUGCAGCAACAAGUGCAUCAGAGGAAGAGGAAAACACAGAAACACAGCGUGAUGCAAGCCAAGCCAACUCUACAGAAACAACAGGUGUCUCAGUCGGACACGAACCAGCAGUCAAGUCCCGUUUCUUCAUUGACUUUGGAUAUACUCAAAUCUAACUCCGCCCCCACAAUUGUGACUGACAGCAAUGGCAACCAAUUCCUGCUAACAUUGUCAAAUCAAAACGCAGAGGCACCUGCCAGAGUCCACCUCAGUGGCAAAACAACCAAUGAUAUCACGCUUCAGAGACUACAGUCCACACCCAACAGGCCACCGAGCCGGUCAGUCGCUGAAUUGACCAACAAUAAUAACCAAUCUAAAGAGCCCGUACAAACCGUCAUUUUGAAGCAGCCAAUCAAAAAGGCGCUAAAGCCGGCACUUAAAGUGUCGAACAAUUACAAAAAGUCAAACUCUGCAUCCAUCUCAACCCCAGCCAACCAUCAAAAUUUCUUCUCUUCAGUGGAUGCGGUGAGCAACACGAGUCCUGUACCUUCAUCUCCUAACAACAGUAACGAGAAAAUGUGUCUAAGUUUGGACCAGCGGGCUUUGCUCUCAUCUCCAACCUCAUACUUGUGUUCUUCCACUGCUCUUGGUCACCAGGAAAAUGGCUGUAAUCGGCAUGGCGAUGACUUGUUUGACAUCCUAAUUCAACGUGGAGACAUAUCUGAAAAUUUCAAAGCCAGCCCUGAUCCUGUUCUUGAACAUCUCCGUCCAAACACACCCCUUUCAUUAAACCCAUCCCAUCUCAAUGUCUCCGCCCCUCCCUGUGAUGUGCCCCAAACUUUGGUUUUAGAACCUCAACGUCCCCGUGAUGCUUCCAGAAGUUCUGACACCGGAACCGGACGUCUUGAAGAUUUCUUAGAAAGCACUACUGGCAAACCAUUGUUGGGUGUGGAGCCGGGCGGACCCAUGACGCUAAUCGUGGACCUACACAACCAAAUGCUCAGCACACCAAGUAUCCUCGACCACACUUGUUCGCCUAUGGAUACGUGUGACCUGGGUUUCUCCAGUCACUCGCCAUCAGAUUUGGUAGACUCUGUCCCUGACAGCAUGGAUUGGAUUGAUUUUGGAAUGAGUGGUCCUGGUGGGGAGGGGCUGGGAAUAAUGAAUCUGAAUGGACACGCCCCCUCCAGUUUAUUUUCUGCAGACUUUCUGGACACUUCUGAUCUGAACUGGUCCAGUUUAUAGCUCACGAGGCUUAAAUCUUCAACAAAUAUUUCCAAAAGGAACAAACCAGGAUUAUCACUUGCGGGUUUUAUUCGAGUUUUUCAGCAUCGAAAAUUCUUCAACAACUACAGAUUCUCAUAAUUCCUUAAGCGACUCAAGUUGCACUUUUAACAUCUUUUCAUUCUCCUCCACCUUACACACACCCAAAAGUAAACGUUUGUUUCAGAGACAUUUUUUUUGUGUAUUGAUUUUAUCUGGAAGAUCAUUUUAUAGCAUUUUCUCAUCGUUGUGAAUCACUAAAAUGCUUCUUAUAUUUAGCAGAAGACGUCAGACACUUUCCAGAUGAAGUACUAGGUUUUUUUUCAUAGUAAAUGCAUAAUAGUUUUUAUUUCUUAAUAGUAUUUAAAGAAUGUAAUUUAUAGAUGCCGAAGUAACAACGUUUUGAGCUUGCUUUACAAAAUAUAACUGGUCAAUAUAUGCAUUUACUGUGCACGUUACUGAAAAAGUGUUCUACUAUUUGUAGUAUUUUACUGUUUCAUGUGCAAAAAAAAAGCAUAGCAACAUGAAAAAGUUUGUAGUAUCAGCAUUAACAUUGUGGGAUCUGAAAGAAUAUUAUAUUUUUAGAAUUACCAUUCACAUAUCACAUAAAACAUUUCCUACUAACCACCAGAGUUAGUUUUUACCGAUUUUUUUUGUUCAUUUAAGAGAAAAUAAAUGAAUUAUUUAUCCACAUAAACAGUAUAUCAGCAGCUACAACACUGAUGCAGGAGAUGAUUUUAUGAGAUCUGUGAGAUGAUAUAUGCUAUAAAUUUAUAUCAGUUACGUAUUUUCAAUGAAGUACAAUGUAAAACUGUAUACACGUUUAAAGUAUAUUAUUUCUUCAUUUUUUUUUUAUUUUAAAUAUGGCUUUAUUGACUUUUUUCACAGUUGUAAAGACACAGGUUUUUUUGGUUGCUAAAAGAAGCUGUUACAAAUUUUGUAAAUUCUAGUAUUUAGUAUAACUGAAGCUAGCUGCCAAACAGUUAUUAGUUUUUAGAUUACUAGUACAAGCUCAAAAACAAAGUUAAGCCUUCAACUCUAAACAAAACUUGGCUAUUUUUAUAUUUUUUAUACAAGCUAGGUUGACUCAAAAAGGACUGCCAAAUCUUAUGGUAAAUGUGAAGGAGUUUUAUCAAAUUUAUAAAAUGUUUAUUAUUGCUUCAAAAUUUUACGGCACAAAAAUAAUUUUGCAUAUCUUGCUCAAACCGUAGGUGGUGUACUUUGAGUUUAAAAUGUGUGUUUACAAGUAGUUCUUGAAGUCAAUAAGAUGCCUGCACCUUUAUAGAAGUUUGUGUUUAUCUUAUUGCUCUCUAAGUGGGUCGCUUAGUUUGUGUUUUAGUAUAAAUAAACUGUAUAUGCCUAUCACAGUACGCAUCGUACUGUAUGUACUGCACUGUAUUUUGUCAAUACUCCGGUCGUAGAUGGAGUUUUGAUGAUAGAAAUAUGAGCCUAAGAGAUAAUGAAUGUUUCCAAGAUGAUCAGAAUGUAAAGAUUUUACUGUAUAGAAAAUUAUUUUCAACAAGCAGCAUUUACAUCUUAAGGACUUUUGUAGACGCUUGUGUAUAUAUUUUGCUGCACUCUGAAAAGGAAUAAUGCAUUGCUUGAAUGUCCAUUUUUGUAGUUGCAUAUCAGCUCAGGAACCUACAGAUUGUAUUGUGUGCGUGUGUGUGCUCGCGUGUGUGAGUGUAUGUGUGAGCGUGUGUGAGAGAUUUGGGAGAACAGCAUUAUUGUCUGCAGUAUUCACAGUCCAUCUGUCUGAAUUUGCUUUUGCAGGUAUUGUCUGUGGUUGAGCCCAAACUGAACUUUAUUUCUUCAGUACACAAUCCCCUACUGAAUUUAUUGGCCGAAUGUCUUAAUAGGCGGGGCUUAGAGCCUCUUUGGCCUUAUACUUGAGAUUUUUGUUUCUGGAAAAUAAAUAUUAUAAAUGAA